AUGGCUGAUCCCAAAUCCAGUAAAGAAGUGAAUAUUGCAGAUCGUUUGGACAUUUUAAAUAAAUUAGAGGCUGGUGAAAAUAUAAAUACUCUUGCACAUGAGUACAAUGUUUCGAAUCGAACGAUAAGACGUAUCCGACAGAAAGCUUUGUCGAUACGACAAUAUGCGGGAGAAGAUUUUAAACUUCAGAAAAAAAGAAUGCGUACAUCCACGUCUGCUGAUUUAGACAAAGAAUUGUAUUCGUGGUUCUUACAACGUCGCUUGGUAGGAGAUCGAAUAACAGAUUAUAUUUUAAUAGAAAAGGCAAGAGCACUGCAAGAAGAGAGGGGCGGCCCAUCCAACUUCACGCCAUGUAAAGGCUGGCUUUGGCGUUUCAAAAAAAAUUAUAAUCUACGCCUUACAAAUAUCUGUGAUUGCAUAGAUUUAAUAAAUGAAACAUGGACCAUCAUAACCUCUACGAAUAUAUUCAAUUCUUGGAAUAAAAUCCUCAAUCGAGAAACAGGAAUACCUGAAAAAAUACCUGCUCUGUAUGAUGUAGCAUGUGAAACAAUUUCUGAUGAAGAAGUGACAGAGUGGAUCAAUCAAUGUGGCGAAGCAGAAAGAAUUAGAGAAGACAACACCGAAGAGACAGAUGCUACAGAUUCACAGCUUCCUGCGAAUCCAAUAGAGGCAGAAGAAGUUGAGAGAUUGUUGUAUUAUUUACAAAAAAUUAUUGCAACAGAACCAGAAAUUCCAAAUCAUGCAAAAUCUAUAAUAGAUUAUUACAAUUCAAAAUAA